AUGGCACCCAUCAAAAAUAUCCUAGUUAUUGGGGCUGGUGAGCUAGGCAAUCAAGUUCUGCGCUUCUUGGCCGACCACCCACAGCGCCAAGGAGCAGUUGUGUCAGUCUUGCUGCGUCCAGCGAGCAUUGCGUCUACCAAGCCCGACAAGAAGAGCGAUAUUGAUACCCUCCGCGAGCUCGGGAUACAAAUUGUCGCCGGCGAUGUCGCCCAGGAUACAGAGCAAAGCCUGUCGUCAACUUUCGCUAGUCACGAUACCAUCAUUAGCUGCAUGGGAUUUGCAUCAGGAAGAGGCACGCAAGUGAAACUCACCCGCGCUGUGUUAUCUGCAGGCAUCCCACGAUACAUACCAUGGCAGUUCGGCAUUGAUUACGAUAUCAUCGGGCGUGGGUCUGCGCAGGAAUUAUUCGACGAGCAGCUCGAUGUUCGCGAUUUGCUGCGUGCGCAGACACAAACUAGCUGGGCCAUUGUUUCGACGGGGAUUUUUACUAGCUUUUUCUUCGAGCCUGGGUUUGGGGUGGUGGAUGUUCACAAGGGCACAGUAUGUGCGCUUGGAGGCUGGGAGAAUCGGGUGACGCUUACCACGGCAGAGGAUAUUGGCAAGGUCACGGCGGAUAUUGUUUUCGAUGAACAAGACCAGUUUGCCAAUAAGCCAAUCUUCAUUGGUGGAGACACAAUAAGUUACGGAGAUCUCGCAGAACUGGUUGAGAAAGUCACUGGAAAGACUGUCCAGAAAACAGUCCUCAAGGUGGACGAUGCCCAAGCAGCCCUUGCCACAGAUCCGGAGAAUAAUUUGCUCAAGUAUCAGAUUGUUUGGGGCCAGGGCCGUGGUGUUUCCUGGGACUUGUCGGCAACAUGGAACUGGAAGAGGGGAAUAACUAUGACUACAGCAGAAGAAUGGGCGGCGAAGAAUCUUGUAUAA